GAAGAAGAAGAAAAAGAAACGGAAGCUAACACUCUCGCACAUGCGCAGUGUGUCUACCGUUCAGCGCUGGAGAAGAUGGCGGCGCCCAUAGACCUGGAGCUGAAGAAGGCCUUCUCUGAGCUGCAGGUGAAGAUGAUCGACACGCAGCAGAAGGUGAAGUUGGCCGACCUGCAGAUCGAUCAGCUGACUCGGGUCCAGAAACAUGCUAAGCUAACUCACGCUGAGAUCGCUACGCUGUCGGACAACACGCGACUCUACGAGGGAGUCGGACGCAUGUUCAUCCUUCAGUCCAAAGAGGAAAUCAACAACCAGCUGACGGACAAACAGAAAACAGCUGACGAGAAGAUCAAAGAGCUCGAGCAAAAGAAGGUGUACCUUGAACGCAGCGUAAAAGAAGCUGAAGACAACAUCAGAGAGAUGCUGCUCUCCAGAAGAGCUCAGUAAUAAAAAAUCAAUAAGAUACUUCAUCAAUAACACACAUGUGCUCAUGUCAGUAAAUGUCUUCUAGUUGUUCCUAUUAAAAUGUUGAACCGG